AUGACCCCCUCCUCAGAAAAAGAGCUCAACGGGCUAGAUAACCCCAGCUUCGUGGGUGAAGAUGGAAGCCGCUACUGCUCCUUGCCCGAUCACGCUGCCAGGGGCCCAGAGGAAGGCGGCGGUGCUGGCCACGGCAGCAGCAAGCUUGCCUACACCGUCACGGACGUGCCCCCCUGGUACCUGUGCAUCCUGCUGGGCAUUCAGCAUUUCCUGACAGCCAUGGGAGGUCUGGUAGCCAUCCCGCUGAUCCUCUCCAAAGAGCUUUGCCUCCAGCACGACCUCCUCACCCAGAGCCACCUGAUCAGCACCAUCUUCUUUGUCUCAGGGAUUUGCACCCUGCUGCAGGUCCUCUUUGGAGUCAGGUUGCCUAUUAUUCAAGGAGGCACUUUUGCGUUCCUGACCCCAACCCUGGCCAUGCUGUCUCUCCCCAAGUGGAAGUGCCCUGCCUGGACACAGAACGCUACCCUGGUGAAUGCCUCUUCACCAGAGUUCAUCGAAGUCUGGCAGACGCGGAUGCGAGAGGUGCAAGGAGCUAUCAUUGUAGCUUCCUGCUUUCAAAUCUUCGUUGGAUUUUCCGGCCUGAUCGGAUUUCUGAUGAGGUUCAUCGGCCCCCUGACAAUUGCCCCCACCAUCACCUUGGUUGCACUACCUCUCUUUGACUCGGCGGGGGACGAGGCUGGGCAGCACUGGGGCAUAGCGUUCAUGACUAUUUCUUUCAUAGUUCUGUUCUCUCAGUACCUGAAAGAUGUCCCUGUGCCGCUGCCAUCUUACCAGAGAGGAAAGAAGUGCCACCUCUCCCCAGUCUACCUCUUCCAGAUCUUCCCGGUGCUGCUGGGGCUCUCCCUGAGCUGGCUGCUCUGCUACGUGCUGACGGUGACUGACGUCCUCCCUGUGGACCCCACUGCCUAUGGCCACCUGGCCCGGACGGACAUCCGUGGGGACGUUUUGUCCCAAGCUCCCUGGUUUCGGCUGCCUUAUCCAGGCCAGUGGGGACUGCCGACCGUCAGCCUGGCUGGGAUAUUCGGCAUCUUAGCUGGGGUGAUUUCCUCCAUGCUGGAGUCCGUGGGAGAUUACUACGCCUGCGCCCGCCUGUCCGGGGCCCCGCCGCCACCAAAGCACGCCAUCAGCCGCGGGAUCGGGGUGGAAGGCAUCGGCUGCCUCCUGGCCGGUGCCUGGGGGACGGGGAAUGGCACCACAUCGUACAGUGAGAACGUGGGGGCCCUGGGCAUCACCAAGGUAGGGAGUCGAAUGGUGAUCAUUGCCGGUGCCUGCGCCAUGCUCCUGAGCGGCAUCUUCGGGAAAGUCGGGGCGAUGCUUGCCAGCAUACCCACCCCUGUGAUUGGAGGCAUGUUCCUUGUGAUGUUUGGAGUUAUCACGGCAGUAGGGAUUUCCAAUUUGCAGUACACAGAUAUGAACUCCUCCAGAAACAUCUUUAUCUUUGGAUUUUCUGUAUUUGCUGGGCUCACGGUUCCCAACUGGGCGAGCAAAAAUAGUACACUGCUGGAAACAGGAAUCAUCCAGCUGGACCAGGUGAUCCAGGUGCUUCUCACCACUGGCAUGUUUGUGGGCGGACUCCUGGGGUUUAUCCUUGAUAACACCAUUCCAGGAACACAGGAGGAGCGGGGGCUCCUGGUGUGGAAGAACAGCCACAAGGGAGACGUGGAACACUCUCAGCUCAUUUCCAAGGUCUAUGAUCUUCCUUUUGGAAUAGGCACCAAAUACUGCACUGUCUCUUGGUUUCGGUAUCUCCCCGCUUGCCCCAAAAGACUAUCUGGUGGCGAGAGAAUGGAUGAACUGAAGGCUGCUGGACAGGAAAGCGGUGUGAAAGCAAGUUCAGAAAGAGACUCCGAGAUAGGUGCUGAUACAAGGAUAUAAGCACCUGGCCUGCAGGUGAACUCAUCGCAGAAGCAGAGGUCUGAAAAGCGUGUCUGCAGCCCCCAUCAUUUGAACAUAAGCUGGCAGCUUUAGAGGCUGGAGCAGGAGAACAGUAAUGUCUUUCUCUUCCCAGCUCUGCACCUGCACCACUGGUGACACUGAGGGAGUCGUUUUUCUCCUCUCUGCU